AUGCCAGGAGAAAAUAAAAAGCUCGAGAGAUGCUCGGCAUGGCAAGUUCUCUGUUCUAAAUUGAUUGUUAUAUAUAGCUAUUUAGAGGUGAAAGUAGCGAUAUUCAUCAUAGUUGUUUGGUUAAUUUUGACAAAAAGGAGUUGGAAGACGGCCUAUCAGUAUGACCCGCAUUUUGAAAUUCGUGACAAAAUACUUUCAAGAAAUCUCACAGACUGUUCUUUCAAAGUUGUUUCGAAAAAUUAUGGUAUGUGCAAGGAUGUAUUUCUCAGUACACAUUUGUGUAAGGGAUCUCGCACUGGAGGCGAAAAGUUGGACACUGUCAUGGGACAGAGCGAAGAAAUGGAAUAUUUUCAAUUUGAUAAAGGGUUUAUGAAUUUGGGAUGCUCUAAAAAAAAUAAACCUGCCAUUCCUAAUAUUGACAAAGAACAUGUGUUGUCCAGAUUAAAGGAAAGUAUUGCUGUAGUCCCUAUGGAAAUGACGAGAGAAGUUCUAAGUGAGACAUCAGCUAUUUUUGAAACCGUUGUGAUGGUCGAACGGCGAGAGUAUGUAAAUUUGUUUUACACAAUGUGUGAACUAUUCAACACGUUUAUUGCUUUUGAAAUGUUUCAUUUGAAUGAAAAUACAACUUCUGUGUUUCUUAUAGACGCCCAUCCCGAGGGCGCUCUUGAUGCGUUGUGGUACGAUAUAUUCAAACACGUGUAUCGAUUUGGACAUCAAAAAAACAAAACUAAUACUAUUUUUAUUGAAACUCUGAUAGUUUCAAACAUGGGAUGGUUUUCGCCGAUAAGAAUCCAGCCUGUAAAUAUUUUAUAUCUCGACAAAUUUCAGCAAAAUAUCUUGAGUUCGUAUGGACUUGACGAGUGUGCCAGCGUUCCCAAUUGUGAGAAAUUGCGAAUCAGAUUUCUUGCCAGACAUGACCGUAUCUAUCAUCCUCGUAGUAAAGGUAUUGGGCGCAGAACAUCGAAUGAACAGGAAUUAAUUGAAGUGUUAGAGGACGUGUUUCCAUACGAUGACAUAAAGGCGCUGAAUUUUGAUAGCAUACCAUUCUCAAAACAACUGUACGAAAUCAGACAUACUGAUAUAUUAAUCAGUAUGCACGGUGCUGCAUUGACACAUGUGCUGUUUAUGCCUCCUUAUUCUGCACUGCUAGAAAUAAGAAUUCCGGGAUUUUCUCAUGACGCUUUCGAGGCACUGGCGGCAGAAGCUAGGGUAUAUCACAAAGCAACGUAUAUAAACGCGUCAUCAGAUGAUAUUGAACUGCCUGUUAUACAAAUUGUCCAAGUUUUAAAGACAAUCAUCGAUAAAAUAUGCUCACGUGUAACAUGGAAGUGA